UUCACAAAAACCGAGUCACCCCCUUCCACAAGCCAAGAAUCUCUGAAACCACCAUGGCUGCCGGAUUACAAAACAUGGGUGAUGACUCGGCGGUGACAGAGAUAAGAAAACCAAGAACAGAUAAAAGAGAAUACAAAAGAAUUGUCCUUCCUAACUCUCUUCAAGUUCUCCUCAUCUUUGAUCCUGAUACAGAUAAGUGUGCAGCUUCAAUGAAUGUUGGGGUUGGUUCAUUUAGUGAUCCUGAUGGUCUUGAAGGCCUUGCUCAUUUUCUUGAACACAUGCUAUUCUAUGCAAGUGAGAAGUAUCCUUUGGAGGAUAGUUAUUCUACAUACAUAUCCGAGCAUGGAGGCCAUACCAAUGCCUAUACAUCCUCCGAGCAUACCAACUAUUACUUUGAUGUUAAUGCUGACUGUUUUGAAGAGGCUUUGGAUAGAUUUGCCCAGUUCUUUAUCAAACCACUGAUGUCAGCUGAUGCAACUACAAGGGAAAUAAAAGCAGUUGACUCUGAAAAUCAGAAGAAUCUACUCUCUGAUCCUUGGAGAAUGAAUCAGCUGCAAAAACAUCUUAGUGCAGAAGGUCACCCUUACCACAAGUUCAGUACAGGGAACUGGGACACUCUUGAGGUAAAACCAAAAGCACGAGGGGUAGAUACAAGGGAUGAACUCAUCAAGUUUUACACAGAAAAUUACUCAGCCAACCUCAUGAAUCUAGUUGUGUAUGCAAAAGAAAGUCUGGAUAAAAUUGAAAGCAGUGUGCUGAGCAAAUUUCAAGAAAUUAGGAAUAUUAACCGCAAACAGCCCAGUUUCCCUGGCCAACCCUGCACCUCUGAACAUCUUCAGGUUAUUGUCAAAACAGUCCCUAUAAAACGUGGCAACAAGCUGAGAAUUUUAUGGCCGAUUACACCUGGUAUACAUCAUUAUAUGGAAGGACCAUGCAGGUAUCUUGGUCACUUGAUUGGUCAUGAAGGAGAAGGAUCUCUAUUCUAUAUCUUGAAGAAGCUUGGUUGGGCAACAAGUUUAUCUGCUGGUGAAUCUGACUGGACUAUGGAGUACUCUUUCUUUAAAGUGGUUAUUGAUUUAAGUGAUGCUGGUCAUGAAAAGGUUGAACAUAUUAUUGGGCUUCUGUUCAAGUACAUUUCACUCUUGCAACAAUCUGGUGUGUGCGAGUGGAUAUAUAAUGAGCUUUCAACAAUCUGCGAGAUGACUUUCCAUUAUCAGGAUAAAAUUCCCCCAAUUGAUUAUGUGGUGAAAAUUUCAUCAAAUAUGCAGUUGUAUCCUAUGAAAGAUUGGCUAGUCGGGUCAUCUUUACCUUCAAACUUCUCCCCAGACGUUAUUAAGUCCACACUAGCUGAGCUCACACCAAACAAUGCCAGAAUUUUUUGGGAGUCAACGAACUUUGAGGGGCAAACCAACCUAACAGAGCCAUGGUAUGGAACUGCAUAUUCUGUCGAAAAAAUCACUGGCUCCAUCAUUCAGGAAUGGAUGGAUAGAGCUCCUGAAGAAAACCUACACUUGCCCAGCCGUAAUGUGUUUAUCCCUGAGGAUCUGUCAAUUAAGAGUGUCAAAGAGAAGGUGAAUCUUCCAGUUAUGUUGAGGAAAUCAGAAUUUUCAAGGUUAUGGUACAAGCCGGAUACAACAUUUUUGACUCCCAAAGCUUUUGUUAAAUUAGAUUUCUACUGUCCAUUCGGUGGCAUUUCCCCUGAAGCAAUUGUGAUUACUGACAUUUCAACACGGCUAUUGAUGGAUUACUUAAAUGAAUAUGCUUAUGAUGCUCAGGUUGCUGGUCUUUACUAUGACAUUUCACAUACUGAUAAUGGUUUCCAGGUGACUUUGACUGGAUAUAGUCACAAGUUAAAUAUCUUACUUGAGACAGUAAUCGAGAAAAUUAGAACUUUUGAAGUUAAAGCCGACAGAUUCUAUGUGAUCAGGGAAUUGGUCAUGAAGCAAUAUGAGAAUUUCAAGUUUCAACAACCAUAUCAGCAGGCUAUGUAUUAUUGUUCAUUACUUUUAAAAGAACAAUCAUGGCCUUGGAGUGAUGAGCUCAGAGUUCUUACUGCUCUUGAACCUGAAGAUCUGUCAAGAAUGUAUCCUCAAAUUUUGUCAAGGAUCUUUAUAGAGUGCUAUGCCGCAGGGAAUAUUGAACCAAGUGAAGCUGAAUCAAUGAUUGAACAUGUUGAAAAUGUACUAUUUAAGGCUACCAAGCCUUUAUCUCAAGCUCUAUUCCCAUCUCAGCAUCUUGCGAAUAGGAUUGUCAACCUUGAAAGGGGGAUUAAGUAUCGCUACACAAAAGAGGGCCUGAAUCCAAGUGAUGAAAAUUCAGCUCUUCUUCACUACAUUCAAGUACAUCAGGACGAUUUCAAGUUGAAUAUUAAACUUCAACUUGUUGCCCUUAUUGCUAAACAACCAGCUUUCCACCAACUUAGAUCAGUUGAGCAACUUGGUUACAUCACCGUGCUUAUGCAGAGGAACGACUCUGGCAUUCGUGGAGUACAGUUUAUCAUACAAUCUACAGUAAAGGGCCCUAAACAUAUCGAGUCAAGGGUUCAGGCAUUCCUAAAGAUGUUUGAGAGUAAACUAUAUGAAAUGCCAGAUGAUGAAUAUAAGAGCAAUGUUAAUGCAUUGAUUGAGAUGAAGCUUGAGAAGCAUAAGAACUUAAGAGAAGAAUCUUCACAAUUUUGGCGAGAAAUCCAGGAUGGCACCCUCAAGUUUGAUAGGAAAGACCACGAGGUUGCGGAAUUGAAGCAGUUGACAAAAGACGAACUGAUCCAAUUUUUUGAUGAACAUAUAAAAGCUGGUGCCCCUCAAAAGAAGGCAUUAAGCGUGCAAGUAUAUGCAACGACACAGUCUAGUGAAGAUACACCCGACGAAACCAAUGCUGUUGACAUCGAAGAUGUUUUUAUUUUCAAGAGGUCAAGACCUCUGUAUGGGUCAUUCAAAGGAGGAAUUGGCCAUGUGAAGUUGUGACGUAUUUGUAUUUGCUCUUGAUGAAGUUCAUUUAAUAUAUUUACUAGACGAAGUACUACAAGAAUUAUUAUCUGUUUGAAAUUUUUCUGGUUUCUUUUUUUUAUUUAUAAUAGAAAUAGAAAUAUUGUUGUAACAAUUGAUUGAUAUGACAGGGGGAAAAAAAAAGAAAAGAAAGGAAAAUUCCAAUAAUAGAUGCUCGUAUUAGUGUA